CUCUUUCCCAUAAAUUUUUACAUUUUCACAUAAAGUAUUUAUUUAAGUUACACUUUUCUAUGGGUUGGAGUUCAGGUUUCAACAGUAGCCGGGGGUUCUUUUAUACAUUUUUUUGAAGGGCUUAUUGGUUCAAGGUCAAUGGGAGAGCUUAAAGUUAUUGCAUAUGCAGUUUGGGCUUUGUGGAAGACGCGUAAUGCAGCAGUUUGGGAUGGAAAGGUUUCGCUGCCGGCGGUAACUAUUCGGUUGAUUAAGUCAUUGGUUGAACGUUGGCCGGACAGCCGUUUGGGGCAGCAAUUGACUCCGCCGUCUUGCUCUAUUCUAGGGCAGCAAAGUUCAGAGCAGGUGCAACAUUGCUUUGUUGAUGCCGCUUUGUUUCCUCAGGUCGGAGAGGUAGGAUUCGGUGCUGUUCUUCUUGAUCCAGGUGGUAGGUUUGUGAAAGCAUUUAACGGUACUAUUCCGUGUUCCCAAGAUCCCCUUCUAGCAGAAGCAAUAGUGGUUAGAGAGGCUUUGGCUUGGUUAAAGAGAGAGGGCGGCGAGUAACUAUUCGUAUAUCCAAGGCUGCUUUGUUGCGAUUGCGACGAGUUCUGACCGAUCAACUCCAUAAAAGGUAUUUCUUUGU